UCAGAUGUUCAGGGGAGGGAAGAGAGAAAGAGAGUCUGAGGACAGCAGUGAAGAAAGUUUACUGGAUGGUGAAACACGGAGCUGCUGGACUGGAGCUGCAGGGACAAACCAAACCAGAAGACAGAGACACAGGAGACAAAGACAACCAGAGGACGCAGAGACACAUAGUGAAAUAAAACCAGGAGGCAAACCAAAGCAGAGGACACGGAGUCUUCACCAAGACAAACUUCAGCCUGGUUUCCAUCCUCAGUUAGAUACGGUUGCCAUGGUUUCCUGGAGAAUAGUGAUGUUUGGACUUUUCUACUGCUUCAUCAGGACCGGGGUCACCAAGUCCCAGACGAGAGUUCUGUUUCCUGCUGCAGCCAAAGUGAAAAGAGGAUCUUCAGCAGCUGGAAAUCCAACGUUCUACAAAACCAUGAAUGAUGUCCAUUUGUUAUAUGAGAUCCUGAUGGCCGGCGUACGUUUUGAGCCCAGUGGGGAGUUUUCUGUCGACGACGCUGAACUUUCUUCGCUCCAUCAGACCAGAAAUCUGAACUUCAUCUGUGAGGAAAUCUUUCCCAAGAAGCUAACGGACGUGUUUGGGCUCAUAGCUGAGCUGUCAGAGCACAGCGCUUCGCUGCAUCAGGAGGAUUUUGAGCGAAUCUUGAUGACUUUGGUGUACACAACCCAGAAGAUGAUCAGCGCUGCUUCUGUUCACCAAAGAGGAAUGUGGGGAGAAUCUUUUGUUGGUUUAUACAAAGCUAUAAAAAGAGACCUGGCACGGACAAACUGAGCACCGACCCACGUUUUGGGUUCAAUGUUUAAGUUUAAUGUACAUCACUUUAAAAAUUCAAUAUUAGAUGUUGCAACUGAAAGAAAUGAGAAUCAGAAAUGAACUGAACCGAAAUCAAAAUGAAGAAAUUACUGAAAUAUUCUCAGCAAAAGACGAUCAAACUGUGAAAUCCCAUAUUUACAUCGUAUUUACAUCGGAUAUUUGAUUUACUAGCACCUGCAUGUAACUGACAUCUGAGACCGAAAACAGAACAACUUUAAAUGAG